AUGAAGUUCAUCACUGUCCUCGGUGUCCUUGAGGCUUUGUCGACAGUUUCAGCUGUUCAAGUGAAUCCACUUCCCGCUCCCCGGAACAUCACUUGGGGAUCAUCCGGUCCGAUUCGCGUGGAGGAAUUGACCCUGAAUCACCCAAGUGCCAUAGUGAACAACGCCUGGUUGCGAGCAUGGGAAUCUAUUACAGACCUGGAAUGGGUCCCCGCAGCCAUAGAAGCCCCUAUCUCCUCCUAUCCAGCCUUCCCGACGCCCACACCACACGCCAAACGUGCGACCGCAUCAGUCCACUCCGUCCAAGUCCACGUCACAGAUACUAAAGCUGACCUCCAACACGGUGUCGAUGAAUCCUACACUCUAGAAGUCUCCGCCAAUGCUCCCUCCAUUCGAAUCACCUCCAAGACAGUCUGGGGCGCCCUCCAUGCCUUCACAACUCUCCAGCAAAUAAUCAUCUCCGACAACAACGGCGGCCUGAUAAUCGAACAACCUGUCAAAAUCCAAGAUGCUCCCCUCUACCCCCAUCGCGGUAUCAUGAUCGACACAGGCCGAAAUUUCAUCUCCGUCCGCAAAAUUCUAGAGCAAAUUGACGGGCUGGCCCUCUCGAAACUCAACGUUCUUCACUGGCACCUCGAUGACUCCCAGUCGUGGCCCAUGCAGAUGCGCUCAUACCCCGAGAUGACCAAGGAUGCAUACUCGCCCCGUGAGAUCUAUACCGAGAACGACAUGCGACGCGUCAUUUCUUACGCGCGCGCUCGCGGCGUCCGCGUUAUUCCCGAGGUUGAUAUGCCCGGUCAUUCUGCGUCGGGCUGGCAGCAGGUUGAUCCUGAGAUCGUGACUUGUACCAACUCCUGGUGGUCGAAUGAUGUUUGGCAAUAUCACACCGCUGUUGAACCGAAUCCCGGCCAGUUGGAUAUCAUCUACAAUAAAACUUAUGAGGUUGUGGAGAAUGUGUAUCGGGAUUUGUCGCGGAUCUUCAGUGACAAUGUCUUCCAUGUCGGUGCGGAUGAGUUGCAGGCUGGAUGUUAUAAUUUCAGCUCCCAUGUUAUGGACUGGUUUGCGGAAGAUUCGUCGCGGACUUUCAACGAUCUCGCACAGUACUGGGUUGAUCACGCCGUUCCUAUAUUCAAGAGUGUCAAAAACCGCCGGCUUAUGAUGUGGGAGGAUAUUUUCCUUUCUACCGAGAAUGCGCACAAUGUGCCAAAGGAUAUCAUCAUGCAGAGUUGGAACAACGGCCUGGCCAAUAUCAAAAAACUCACAUCAGCGGGCUAUGACGUCGUCGUCUCAUCUUCCGACUUCCUCUAUCUUGACUGCGGCCACGGAGGCUUCGUGACCAACGACCCGCGCUAUAACGAGCAGUCCAACCCCGAUGGCAGCGUGAACUUCAACUACGGCGGCUCCGGCGGCUCCUGGUGCGCGCCGUACAAAACCUGGCAACGGAUCUACGACUAUGAUUUCACAACAAACCUGACCGCAUCCGAGGCCAAGCAUGUUAUCGGUGCCGAGGCGCCGCUUUGGUCCGAGCAGGUUGAUGAUAUUAAUAUUUCCAAUGAGCUUUGGCCUCGUGCUGCGGCGCUUGGCGAGCUUGUUUGGUCUGGGAAUCGGGAUAAGAAUGGUCACAAGCGCACCAAUGAGCUUACACAGAGAUUACUCAACUUCCGCGAAUAUCUUGUUGCCAAUGGCAUUCUGGCCAAUGCUCUGGUACCCAAGUAUUGCUUGAAGAACCCGCAUGCUUGUGAUCUAUAUCAGAACCAGACUGCUAUCUCUUAA